AUGUCCGAUCGUGGUGUGGAUGGAGCUGCUAAUGGCCACUCCAAUGGAACUGCAUCACCAUCGUCUUCACCAUUCGUACCUCGACCAAGCACAUAUGAUAGACGUCUUCGUAAACUGGAGGAAACUGCACUAUAUCUGACGGAACCACCUGACAAGCAUCCAAAUCAUCAAUCAAAGCCAAGGGAUAGAGAGAAGAGCAAAGAGAAGGAGAAGGAGAAGGAGAGAUUGAAAGAGAAAGAGAAAGAAAAGGAGAAAGAGAAAGAGAAGGAGAAGGAGAGAAUGAGAUUGAAAGAGAAAGAACAAGAGAGGGAGAAGGAGAAGGAGAAAGAGAAAGAGAAGGAGAGGGACCGUAAACCCAAGGCCAAGGAGAAUAAGAAGUUUGUUCUUGUCGACAAGAACGUUAGACAUGAGCUCAACUCUGCUGGACUGGUCAACAACGACUUUUGUUACUCAUGCAAGGAUGGAGGUGAGCUGCUAUGUUGCGAGAACUGUGAGCUAUCAUUUCAUCUACUAUGUCUCAAUCCUCCCAAUCCAAACGUGCCAGAUGGCGACUGGUACUGCGCCACCUGCUCCGACAAAUUGCAUCCAAAGCCUAAGACUCGAUAUGGCAAGACCCUAUUCUCGACACUCUUUAAACAACUUGAUGCGACCAAUCCCGAAGCUUUCAAGCUGCCACCUGGCACAAAGACGCACAAGAAGAAGAAGAGCAAGCUCACUUUGUCAUGUAGGAUAUGUGAGACUGAUGACAAUCAGAAGGAUAUUAUGGAGUGCUAUCAUGAGCAUUGUACAUAUACUGUGCACACGUAUUGUGUAGAGCCACCUCUAUUUGAGGUACCAUAUCAAUGGGGCUGUCCCAAUCAUCCAGUUGAUCGUGACAAUGAAGAUGUGGCAGAGGACUCAAUGAUGGACGACAUAAGUCCAACUGGAGCAUCAUCGUCAAACAACGCAGCAGCGGGCAGGUUCACCGACAAGUUCCUCCUCGACUUCUCAAAUCCUCAAUCAUCCUCCUCAUCACACAGACCAAACAACAAGGUCCCAUCCGAGCCAUUCUACGAGGACAUCUUUGGCAAUAACCUUUCAAUGAAGGACUAUUACAACAGACAGCUUGUUAAGGAUCUGUUUGGGGACCAGGCCAUUCCACAAAGUCGGCCCAGCGCAACAACAAACAACAACAAAGCCAGCUCAUCAUCACGACAACACAACAAUAGUAGGAAUAACAACAAUAGGAGCAACAACAACAAUAACAAUAACAACAACAACAAUGACCCUGGCGACGAGCAACAACAACAUCUUGAUAGGAUUGAACAGAUGUUACAAGAACAGAGGAGACUAUCAUUGGCUGCAAUGCCAUCAGAGUUUGGAAUCGAUCCAAUGGACUUGGCAGCACAACCUUUGGACAAUUGCAAUGCAUUCAUGCUGUCAUCACUCUCCCCACUGUUCACUCAGUUCCUUGCUUGGCAACGACUAAUGCAACUCAACUCACAGAUAUUCAAACUGCGUGCAGAGCAUCGUGCAAAGACCAACAACACUGGCAACAACAACAAUGUCAACAACGAGGAUGAUUACAACAACAACCAUACCAAUCAAUCAUCACCAUCACCACAAUCUGAUAUCAACCAAGCCAAUCAUGUGGCUGAACAGAUUGAGCAAUACAAGGCGAGGAGCAUUGAUGAGCAACUGUCGCCACAAGAGUUGCUGCGACAGAAGAAGCACCAGCAACUGCUUGAUCAACAGGAACAACGACGUCUGCACAAGGAGCAGCUCAGACUCCAACAGCUGCAGGAGCAACAAGAACAACUGUUGCUGAUGGAGCAGAUGAAGCAACAGCCUCACAUGCUCACCAGGAAGAGGACGAUACACACCACAGAUGGACCCAAUGGAUCAGACGGAGGCAGCAACAACAAGGCACCAACGACAUCGACACGGUCAAGACAUUCAUUGCCAACUAGGAGGAGCACAUUGGAGUCAAGACAUCAAUCGGAUAAACAUGAUCCCGAGAAUGAUUUCCUCGAUAGCAUGCGAUUGGACAAUCAAUCGCCACCAAUGUUGCCAAGUCCAUUGAUCCCUGCGACGACAACAACAUCCACGACCACUACCUCGACGACCAACAGCACCCCUGCACCCAUGGACACAACGAUAGAGGCUCCCCCAGUACCAUCGCUAUCCCCAAUACCAUCGCCAACACCGACAACAACUACAGCAGCAACAACAGCAGCAGCAACAGCGGAUGUCUCACAGACAAGCACUGAGAAACCUAUGGCGAUUGCGGACCAAACAAACACGACAACAACAACAUCAACGUCAGAACGACACACUAAAUCACCGAGCCCCAAGAAGGCAACCUCUCCAUCCAAAUCCAAGAACAAGUCAUCACCAUCAAAGUCGAGCGCACCAGUGAUAUCCCCAUCCAAGACUGUCGCUCCAUCACCUCUACCCCCACCACAAGCUGCCGAAGCAUCACAGCCAAGUGUACCAGCAGUCGCAACUGCCGCCACAACUUCAUCAACAUCAUCGCAAGCUCAGCCUGUCGCAUCCACUGUCGUAUCAAGCACUAAUGCGCCAGCAAAGCCCCGCACAUCAUCAACAUCAGCGACCACCUCUCAACAACCAACAUCCACUGGCGGCAGUGCACCAGCAGUCGCCACCAUUCCAGCUACACAAACAACACAACAACCGGCCACCGCAUCGUCAUCAACAACAACAACACAACCUACACAACCUACACAACCUAUACAACCAACAGCAAAGGCACCUUCACCAUCAUCAUCAUCAACAUCAUCAACACAACCCAUCUCUUCAGUAUCAGCAUCGUCACAAACAAAAACACAACCACAACAACAACCAGCCGCCACCAUUCCAUCAUCACAACCAACAUCAUCUUCAUCAGACGCAACAUCACCAAAGCCAGCGCUCCGACUCAAGAUCCAGUCACCCAACAAAUCGCCACAAUCAUCCGCGGCCAAUGUGCUGGAACAGCCCCAAGCUGGUGGACAAGAUCAAUCAAACGAGACAGAUCUGCCACCACUAGGCGAUGUCAAGGUUUACGAUGCACCGAUUGCCGAGGUCCUCAUCGCAGAACUUGAUCAACGUGUACCUAUUAAGACCAACAGGGCACUGAUUGGAAGAUUGACAAAGAAGAGUGAUAAGGGUGUGGACAUUAACCUGCCUUCAAGGUUCGUGUCGAGGACUCAUUCUUACAUCUUAUACAAUGAGGAUACGAACGAGUUCAGCUUGACCAACAUUGGACGCAACAAGAUCUAUAUGAUCAAUGGACAGAAGUGUGUACUGGCCACACCAGUGCCAAUCAAGACUGACGACUCUAUCCGUAUUGGUGAUUACACGUUGAAGUUUCUGUCGCUGGUCGACUGA